GCUGGCCCUCUUGUCAUCCGCAAUCUUUUCACGCUUAUCAUCAUAUCCUCUUCCCAUAAAUAUUCAUCAGUCAGUCACCCAAACCUUUCCAAAUACGGAUAUUAUUAAUUUAUAAAAAUUAUUGUGCUUUUCCCUUUUGUUUUAACCAUUGGAUAUAUAUAUUGGGAGGUCUGCGUCUGCCCCCACUUGACUUGAUGGCCAUCUCGAUCUAAUUUUCUAUUCUCUAGGCCAUUCUGGGCAUGUCCCUUCUUCCUCAUUCAUCCAAUUUGUGUGCUUCCAUUGCCUUCUUUGAGCUUUUACCCUUCUAUUUGUUCGUUUUUCUUCCUGGAAGAUGCCAAUGGAGUGCAACUCAAAUGAUCGCCUAACUUUCGGGAAGAUGGGUUAUGGUUUCUUGGUAGAUGGGCUCUGUUUGUUUCUUGAUGUUUCCGAUUUUGCUAUUUUUGUGCUGGGUCUGCUGCUGCUGCCGUGUGAUGGGCCUUUUCUUGUGUGGCUUGUAGUGUUAUUUCUGCAGAAAAGCUUGAAUCUUUAUGUCAAAGCUGUGGCUGCAACCCUCUUUAGAUCUUUAAUUGAAAUCUGGUUUGUAGUCUUUGAGUUGGUGGGCAUGAAUAUGCUUCGUAACAUUUAUGAUCGGCAUGAGUUGAUCCGGAGUGAGGUGAAACAAGUUAUCUGUUCUGUUUGUGACACUGAGCAGCCUGUUGCGCGUGUUUGUACAAAUUGUGGUGUCAAUAUGGGGGAAUAUUUUUGCAGCGUCUGUAAAUUUUACGAUGAUGACGUUGACAAAGGGCAGUUUCACUGUGAUGACUGUGGAAUUUGCAGGACUGGAGGCCGUGAGAACUUCUUCCACUGCAAGAAAUGCAGCUCAUGUUAUUCAGUUAGUUUGCGCAACAAUCACCUUUGUGUGGAGAACUCAAUGAGACAUCACUGCCCAAUUUGUUACGAGUAUUUGUUCGACUCUCUGAAGGACACAACCGUCCUAAAGUGCGGUCACACGAUGCAUUGUGAAUGUUAUUAUGAGCUGAUAAAGCGUGAGAAGUACUGUUGUCCAAUAUGUUCCAAGUCGAUCAUGGACAUGACGGGGACUUGGAAGAGAAUAGAUGAAGAGAUUGAAGCAACUGUGAUGCCAGAUGAAUACAGAUACAAGAAGGUGUGGAUUCUUUGCAACGACUGCAAUGAUACUACAGAAGUUUAUUUCCACAUAAUCGGUCAGAAAUGCAGCCAUUGCGGAUCGUAUAAUACUCGGACUAUUGCUCCUCCUGUUCUUCCUCAAUGAGCAGUUGAUAUUUGUUUUUUAAUUUUUUGGGCUGUUGCACUGCAGAACUGGUGCUGGAGUCCUAAAAACUAUCAAGGGACCUUUUGUGGCAUUAUUUAUCAACCAUUAAUGUGUGUGUUUGGACUUUAGCAGGCACUACAAUAUUACUGUAUUACAUUUGUAACGACAGUGUUAGUUGCCAAGUUUUAUUCUGAGCGCUAACCGGCAAACCGAAAAGCCAAGGCAAACCAAUAAAUUUGGUGUGUUUUUGUUUUUUAAUGUUAGAUUGGUUUUAUUUGUCAAUGAAAUCAUUUUAUUCAGAUAAAUAUUUAUGUGAUUUAGUAAAC